UCAAAGCAACAUCAUCUAAGCAAGAUGUUUAAAAGCGACGACCAGAAUUUAGUUAAUAACUCAAGUGCUAUGCCAUUGCUAGAAUCCAUGUCCUCCAAUGUGGUAAAUGCCGAGUCUAAACAAGACCAAAAUCACCAAAACCAUAUAAGAAUCGCACCCAAAUUCCCCCCAACGGUCGAUAUGAUCGAGCUUAUCUCUAAAAAAUCCCCUGAUGGCAGAAUUCCCGCAAGAGCACCUAAUGCAUUUAUCAUUUAUAGAAAAGUUUAUGUAGAAACAGCUCGUGAGAACGGACAUUAUUUGCCAAUGACUAUU